UUUAUUGCUUACAUUUUUAUUUGCGCGUAGUUCUAUUUUCUUUGAUUUUCUUUAUGUUUUUUUUCAAUGUCAUGUUUUAUUUAUUUUGUUUUCAGAAUUUCUUUUCUUUUUUUGAUCCACAAAAAAAGACGAAUCUACUAUACGUGAACGUCAUAAUAACAAUGACGUCACAAUGUCCUAUUGAGAAUCAUGUCGUCAAUGAACAAUGCCAGGCCGAAGUUGCCAAUAAUCAGGCCUAUGAUAGGAACAUUAACAAGUAGUGGAUUACAUGUUAGUGUCAAAGAGCAUGAAGACCAGUUCCAGGAGUUUAUUUAUUUUCCUUCGAUCACAUACGCCAAUCGAAGCGUUGACCGCACCCGGGUCAAUACUCUAGCGUAUGGGACCCAUGCUAUCAUACAACUGUUGAUACGUGGGGGAGUCCCUCCAUUCAUUUUUCAGAAAGAAUAUUGGCAUGCCGAGCAACAAGAGCAUUUUGAGGACACCCAUUUUACAUACCGUCCGAAACUCAGAAGAAAGCGGGAAUUAUGGGAGCCAAAAAUUCACGGGAAAACGCUGAACACAAAAAUAGACCAGGAAAUCCUUGAAGCAAGACUGAAACAAAAACGGCUGUUGAAGAAAAUCUCGGCGAGGGCUGAGGAAGCGAGGGUCCGGGGGGAGGAGGUUUGGAGGAGAAGGGUGGAGAAGAUAGACGAGAGGGUCAAGGCGUUCCUAGAGAAGAUGGAGAAACGCGCCAAACAAAAGUGUGCAAGGAACCGGAGGGGUCAGCAUUCAAAAUUUAAAGGGGACACAACAUAAAACUGUUUAGAAAUUCUCGUAAGAUAUCCAAAUAUAGGACUUGUGCAAUUAUUUAACUAUCUACAUACAUUUAAAUCUUGAUGUAAUGCAUUUUCUUAAACUCGUGUGAACUUAAUCUGUUUAAAAUGUAAUUAUGACAAUAUAAU